UGCUGCUUCCGCGUUGAUAGGAAACCUCUUCGACCUCUUUCAUCUUGAUUGGAUCCCCUUGGUCACUGCUACUUCUAGCUCUGAUUGAUUGAGGGCAGGCCUGAUCGAGGAGUGCAAGAAAACAACAAAAAGGUUGAAGGGAAGGAGACGAAGGGCAUGGGUACUUGAAAAAUAAGCAAUCACGUUGCCUCCAUCUCCUACAGACCGAGUUCUUCCAUGAAUUUGACCCUAGACGAUCUGGUGACGCUACAGACGGCAGAGAGACAAGGACAGCUCCCCUCGCUGCAUGUUCGUGCCCACUGCGACUUUUCUGUUUAUCAGGAUGAGGCAGAUAACUUUAAGCAGGAGAUAGAGAAGCAUUUGGUUGCUGCCUUCUCUGUUUUGGAACUAAAUCUCACGACAGAGGGGCAUGUUUUUGGGUCAUUGGUAUUUGAGCUCUUUGGGAUAGAUCGAAUUCGUACUGAUGUGUGGAGGCUUAAGGUUGUCCUAUCAAGAAAGAUCGAGGAAGGAUGCCUACCAGAUUAUUGUCCUUGCGAGGCCACAGAUUGGAGAUCCCAAACUAUCUCCUUGACUGCUCUCGAAGAAGUGGAGAUCAAUGGCUUCGAAGGAGAGGAUCAUGACUUUGAUUUUUUGAAACUGAUAGUCAGAUGUGCCCCAUUGCUUAAUAGAAUGAUUGUGAAGUUGUCACGCGAGGCCUCCACAAAUAAUGAUGUGUGCGCAAAGAUAUACAACAUGUUCGGGGCGUAUUCUUCGGUGGAAUGUUGUGUUUAUCAUAGCUCUGAUAAAUUCACCUAACAUCUUGUCUGCUAACAAGUUUUCUCGGCCAUGAGAGGAUUUCACAUGAGCAUGGCAAAUAAUCCACCUGAAACUGAGAACAAUGGUCAUAUCACGGCCCCAGAAGAUCCAGAUAUUAUUUUAUGUAUGGAAGAAGGAAGAAAGCAGACGGCUCCUUAUAUGGUCUCUGCAUGAUUCAUCAAGUGCAGUACAGCAACAUAAAGCAAAGCAAAGUUAGAAAGAGUGGCACGCUUUUGGAAAGCACCAUGGUCCGUUUGUGAUCAGUCAGUUGAGCACGUCCCUGCUAGGAAGCCCCAAGCUGGAAAAGGAAACAGGAAAUCAGCCGGGAUCUGAUUGUUUAUUUAUGGAUCUUUGAACCUCUGAUUGGGGUAUCCACCAUCGUCCAAUGCGGGGCGUGGCGCGUGCUAAAAAACCGCGGAGGUGGCGUUUUCAGACGUUAUGAAGAUUCAAUCACAUUCCACAUACCUGCCAUUCUGAGCUUAAACCGAACUCUAUCUGUUAAUCUGAAUCUGAAAGCGAGGCUUUCCACUAAUCGAUAGUUUUGUCUGGUUGCAAUGAUCCUAUCACCACUAACCGCUUUCAACUUGCAUCUUUUGUCUGCCUUUUUCCUCAUGAGGGAUAUGCUAUUUUAUGCUACGUACUAGUAAAGAACAGAUCAUGGCCAGGUGAUAAGAC